AUGGCUGUGGGAUCUGCUACGCUGAAAGACCGCCUGGAACGGUGGUCAGAACGUCUAAACAAUCUGACUGUCUCCCCGCUUGCUAGAGACUAUGACGCCCAAGCAGACAGCAAGCGAGCAAUUGAGGCCUUUGAAACUCUCAAGCUCUCGCGAGACACACAAUCUGCAUUGCAGAAGCUGUGUGGACCAACAUCCUCCCAAUUUACGGUGUUUCUGACUGCUUUUGUGCUACUCGUCGCUCGAUUGACCGGCGAUGAAGAUAUUGCAAUCGCGACGAAUCUGGCAGAGGACUCACGCCCAUUUGUCCUGCGUGUCUUCUAUGAUCCUGCCGAGUCAUUCACCCAGCUUCUCGCCAAGGUUCAAAAGAUCUUCGACGAGUGUGCUUCGGACAUCGUUCCUUUAGGAAGCCUUCGGUCAUAUAUCAAAGACAAGUCGAACUCAGAACGUACCCCUGUACUCUUCCGGUUUGCAGCGUACGAUGCCCCGGCCGAAUCCCAAGAAUAUCCUGCGAACACAUUCGAUAGCACAGAUCUCGUCAUCAAUAUCGCGAACGAACUGGGUGCAUACUAUAACCAGCGACUCUUUUCAAGCGCACGAAUUGCCACGAUCCUGAGGCAAUUGGUUCAGAUUGCUGACAAUGCCGCUGCAAAUCCUGAUCAGGCCGUGGGUCGCAUCGAUAUGCUCACGGAGGAACAGCGUGCCCUUUUACCUGAUCCCACGGCCAAUCUCAAUUGGUCGAAGUUUCGUGGUGCAAUCCAUGAUAUCUUUGCUGAAAAUGCGCAAAGGCACCCUGAAAAGCUUUGCGUGGUAGAGACCAAGUCAAGCACCUCCCCACAGCGCGAGUUCACCUACCAGCAAAUCAAUGAGGCUUCCAACAUCCUUGGACACCACCUUGUGCAAGCCGGCAUUGAAAGAGGAGAUGUGGUCAUGGUGUAUGCUUAUCGUGGUGUGGACUUGGUUGUGGCCGUAAUGGGUAUUCUCAAGGCCGGAGCUACCUUCUCCGUUAUCGAUCCUGCCUAUCCUCCCGAGCGACAAAAUAUCUAUCUUGACGUGGCCCGCCCGCGUGCCCUGAUCAACAUCGCCAAAGCGACUGCUGAUGCAGGUGAACUCUCAGACAUUGUCCGAACUUUCAUCAAUGAGAAUCUGGAACUGCGCACUGAAAUUCCGGCGCUCGCGCUCCAAGAUGACGGUACCCUGACUGGCGGAGUCAAAGGUGGUCAAGACGUAUUCGCUCAACAGACUGACCUCAAGUCACAACCCGUUGGUGUCGUCGUGGGUCCUGACUCCAUCCCAACACUCUCGUUUACUUCGGGUUCGGAAGGUCGUCCCAAGGGCGUUCGCGGUCGCCACUUCAGUCUAGCGUAUUACUUCCCUUGGAUGUCUGAGACUUUCAAGUUGUCAGAGCAGGACAAGUUUUCUAUGCUUUCCGGAAUCGCCCACGACCCGAUUCAGCGUGAUAUCUUCACACCGCUGUUCUUGGGCGCUCAACUUCUCGUCCCUGCAAAGGAGGACAUUCAGAAUGAGAAACUAGCGGAAUGGAUGCGGGACUACGGCGCCACUGUUACUCACCUCACCCCAGCCAUGGGUCAAAUUCUCGUUGGCGGUGCCUCCGCUCAAUUCCCAGCCCUUCACCAUGCUUUCUUCGUCGGUGACAUCUUGAUCAAGCGGGAUUGCCGUUCGCUUCAAGGACUUGCUCCCAACGUGUCGAUUGUGAAUAUGUACGGAACUACAGAGACACAACGAGCCGUCAGUUACUACGAAAUCCCGAGCUACUCGAGUCAAGAAGGCUUCUUGGACACCAUGAAAGAUAUCAUACCGGCUGGCCGUGGUAUGGUCGACGUUCAAAUGCUGGUGGUCAAUCCAUUCGACCCCACUCGAAUGUGUGCUAUUGGCGAAGUUGGCGAGGUUUACGUGCGAGCGGCCGGUUUGGCCGAGGGGUAUCUUGGCUCUCCUGAGAUGAAUGCCAAAAAAUUCUUGACAAAUUGGUUCGUGAAGCCCGAUCACUGGACUCAGAAGGAGACAGGGGGGAUGAGCCUUGGAGGCAGUUCUAUGUCGGACCCAGAGAUCGAUUGUACCGAUCUGGUGAUCUGGGCCGCUAUACUCCAUCUGGAGAUGUUGAGGUUUCUGGUCGCAUUGACUCUCAAGUCAAGAUUCGAGGUUUCCGUAUCGAACGUAAUUGGAGAGAUUGAUACUCAUCUUUCUCGACACCCCCUUGUGCGCGAGAACGUCACUCUCGUUCGUCGUGACAAAUUCGAGGAGCCAACGCUUGUCAGCUACUUUGUCCCAGACAUGAACAAAUGGUCACAAUGGCUGCAGGCCAAGGGCCUGGAGGAUGAUGGUUCUGGCGAAGGAAUGGUGGGCAUGCUCCGCCGAUUCCUACCACUACGCAACGACACCCGUGAUUUCCUCCGCAGCAAGCUUCCUGCCUAUGCCGUCCCCACUGUGAUCAUUCCGUUGAAGCGUAUGCCUCUCAAUCCCAACGGAAAGAUUGACAAGCCUGCCCUGCCGUUCCCUGAUACAGCCGAACUCAGUGCUGCUGCGCCCCGCCGUCGCUCCUCUGCCAUGCAAGCUUUCUCAGAGACCGAACAAGCUCUCGCCCAGAUCUGGGCCAAGCUGAUUCCCAAUGUGACCGCUCGUAUGAUUGGAUCCGAUGACUCGUUCUUUGAUCUUGGUGGUCACAGCAUUCUUGCGCAGCAAAUGUUCUUUGAACUGCGCCGCAAGUGGCGCACCGUGGACAUCAGUAUGAGUGCUAUUUUCCGUAGCCCGACCUUGAAAGCCUUCGCUGGAGAAAUUGACCGUCUCUUGGAUGCCGAGGCCUUCGCGACUAGUGAUACAACCGAGCCAAGCAACAGUGGGCCUGACGACGGUUACUCAAAGGAUGCACGUCAGCUCGUGAAUGAGCUUCCCGCGUCAUUCCCCACCCGAACUGAGGAAUUACUCGCCUCUCCGCCAACUGUCUUCCUUACUGGUGCUACAGGCUUCUUGGGUGCGCACAUCCUCCGCGAUCUUCUUACGCGCAAGUCUCCCUCGACUAGGGUCGUCGCUUUAGUUCGAGCCAAGGGCGAGGAGCAAGCUCUGGCUCGUCUCCGCUCCACUUGCCAAGCGUAUGGUUUCUGGGAUGAUGAUUGGGUCAACCGCCUGGAAACGCCAUGCGGUGAUCUAGGAAAGCCUCUAUUUGGCCUCUCUCAGUCAGCUUGGGAUGACCUCGCAGGUCGUGUGGAUGUCGUCAUUCAUAACGGUGCCUUGGUUCACUGGGUUUAUCCUUAUUCUACUCUGAGGGGCCCUAACGUUCUAGGUACGAUUGAUGCACUUAAGCUGUGUGCCACCGGCAAGGCGAAACACUUUGCCUUUGUCAGCUCUACCAGUGCCUUGGACAAUGACCACUACGUGCAAGUGUCUGAGCGCAGUCUUGCUGAAGGCGGUAACGGAGUAAGCGAGGACGAUGACAUGGAAGGCAGCGCCGUUGGUCUUGGUACAGGCUACGGCCAAAGCAAGUGGGCUGGCGAGCACCUUGUCCGUGCAGCCCGCUCUCGCGGCCUCAAGGCUAGUAUCAUUCGCUCGGGAUAUAUUCUGGGUGACUCCACAUCCGGUGUAUGUGUCACGGACGACUUCCUUACUCGCUUUUGGAAAGGCUGCGUUCAAUUGGGCUCGCGUCCGAACAUUGGCAAUUCUGUGAACGCAUGCCCGUCAGACUAUGUCGUACGAGUUGUGAUCUCUGCUGCAUUCUACCCGCCCGCCAACAAGACCGGUGUCGUCCACGUGACUGGACAGCCACGGCUCCGAUUCAACGAGUUCCUCGGUGCGCUCGAGACUUAUGGCUACCCCAUCAAGCAAAUCGAUUAUAUUCCCUGGGCGUCCUCCCUUGAACAUUAUGUCAACGAUGGUCAGCACGACGAUAAGGAAUCUCAGCAUGCGCUGAUGCCUCUCUACCACUUUGUGGUUUCUGACCUGCCCUCUAACAGCAAGGCUCCUGAACUGGACAACACGUGGGCUUCCGCGGGACUGAAGACCGACACGGCGUGGUCGGGAGUCGAUGCCUCUGCCGGUGCUGGUAUCACUGUUGAGCUGAUCGGGCUCUACGCAUCUUACUUGGUGGCCAUUGGUUUCUUGCCCGCACCUACAGUGGCUGGCGCGCGCCCUCUGCCGCCCGUGCCCAUCACUGAGGAACAGAAGAGAAUGAUCCUCAGCGUUGGUGGUCGUGGCGGUGCCCCUUGA